AUGACAAGAAAUUCGAGUUUGUCAGAAUCUGAUGCACGAUCAAUUUCAUCACGAGCAUCGAAUUUAUCAGUAUUAAAUGAUGAAGAAUGUAAACGUAUAUUAGCAGUGCUUGAUCGUGAUUUUCAACUUCGACAAAUAGAAUAUAAAAGAAUCGAGGAUUUAAAAAGACAAAUUCGGCAAGAAUCUGAACGUGCAGAAUAUUUAUCUAAUUCAAAAGAAUUUAAUCUUGAACGUUGCAUAACAUGUUUCAAGCAAUUUCGGUUUAUAUUGAAUCCAAAAGAAUUAUGUUCGGAAUGUAAAUUAUUUGUUUGCCAUGACUGUUGCAUAUAUACACCAGAAACAAAAACGUGGACAUGCAAAUCAUGUAUAAAAUUAAAAGAAUAUCAAAUUUUAUCAUCAUCUUGGUUUUAUGAUGAAGUUAGCAAAAAACAUAAGCGAUGUGGUAGUGCGAAAAUUGUUCGUGAACUUCAUAAACGUGAAAGGGAACUCGGUGAGUUUAAUUAA